AUGACCAAGUUCAAGGAGGCUGUGACGUUCAAGGACGUGGCGGUGGUCUUCACGGAGGAGGAGCUGGGGCUGCUCGACCCUGCCCAGAGGAAGCUGUAUGGAGACGUGAUGCUGGAGAACUUCAGGAACCUGCUCUCUGUAGGGCAUCAACCCUUCACCCCAGAUGUAAUACUCCAGUUUGAGAGAGAAGAAAAGCUUCGGAUGAUAAAGACAGCAACCCAGGGCCACUGUGCCUCAGGAGACAAGAAUCUAAAUGACCUGGAGACUUUUCAGGAAAUUGGAUUAAAGUACCUCCCACAUGAAGAGCUGUUCUGCUCGCAAAUCUGGCAACAGGUUACAAAGGAGUUAACCCAGUGCCAAGAUUCCAUGGUCAAAAUUCAAGGAACUGGCUCCGAGUUGGAAAAACGAGGUGAUGCACUCUAUAAAGAUGAAGAGUUUGGUAAAGGCUUUACUCAGAGUUCACAUCUUCAGGUUCACCACAGAGACCACACGGGAGGAAAACCCUACCAGGGGGAGGAGCAUGAGAAAGGUUUCAUUCAGCGCUGUCAUCUUCAAACUAACCAGACAGCUCAUGUAGGAGAGAAGCCCUAUAAAUGUGAAAAAUGUGAAAACACCUUCCGUCGACUGUCAAGCCUUCAAGCCCAUCAGAGGGUCCAUGGCAGAGAGAAAUCAUACAAGUAUGAUACGUCAUGUAAGGGUUUCAGACAGAGGUCAUAUCUUCGCCAUCAUCAGAGAGUUCCCCCUGGAGAGAAUCCACACAAAUUCGAGGAAUGUGGGAGGAAUGUUGGGAAAAGCUCACAUUGUCAAGCUCCUCUGAUAGUCCACACAUUAGAGAAACCUUAUAAAUGUGAGGAGUGUGGGCUGAGUUUCGGUCAGAGCUCGUAUCUUCAAGUGCACCAGAGGGUCCACAUGGGAAAGAAACCUUAUAGAUGUGAAGAGUGUGGGAAGGGCUUCAGUUGGCAUUCGCGACUACAGGCUCAUCAGCGAAUCCACACUGGAGAGAAACCGUACAAAUGUGAGGCAUGUGGCAAGGGCUUUAGUUACAGCUCGCACCUUAACAUUCAUUGUAGAAUCCAUACAGGAGAGAAACCCUAUAAAUGUGAAGAGUGUGGGAAAGGCUUCAGUGUAGGUUCACACCUUCAGGCCCAUCAGGUAAGCCACACUGGAGAGAAACCUUACAAAUGUGAGGAAUGUGGGAAGGGCUUCUGUCGGGCCUCAAAUCUUCUGGACCAUCAGAGAGGCCACACUGGUGAGAAACCAUAUCAGUGUGAUGCAUGUGGAAAGGGCUUCAGUCGUAGCUCAGAUUUUAACAUUCACUUCAGAGUCCAUACAGGAGAGAAACCCUAUAAAUGUGAGGAAUGUGGGAAAGGCUUCAGUCAGGCCUCAAAUCUUCUGGCCCAUCAAAGAGGCCACACUGGAGAAAAACCAUACAAAUGUGGUACAUGUGGGAAGGGCUUCAGCCGGAGUUCAGAUCUUAAUGUUCAUUGUAGAAUCCACACCGGAGAGAAACCCUAUAAAUGCGAGAAGUGUGGUAAGGCCUUCAGCCAGUUCUCGAGUCUUCAGGUGCAUCAAAGAGUCCACACGGGAGAGAAACCAUAUCAGUGUGCAGAGUGUGGGAAGGGCUUCAGUGUGGGUUCACAGCUUCAAGCCCACCAGAGGUGCCAUACUGGGGAGAAACCAUACCAAUGUGAGGAGUGUGGGAAAGGAUUCUGUCGGGCGUCAAAUUUUCUGGCUCAUCGUGGAGUCCACACAGGAGAGAAGCCAUACCGGUGUGAUGUGUGUGGUAAACGCUUCAGACAGAGAUCCUAUCUUCAAGCCCACCAGAGGGUCCACACCGGAGAGAAACCGUACAAAUGUGAGGAGUGUGGUAAGGUCUUCAGUUGGAGCUCAUACCUUCAAGCCCAUCAGAGAGUUCACACUGGAGAAAAACCAUAUAAAUGUGAGGAGUGUGGGAAGGGCUUCAGUUGGAGCUCAAGUCUUAUAAUUCAUCAGCGAGUGCAUGCUGAUGAUGAGGGUGAUAAGGACUUGCCCUCCCCGGAGAAUUCACACAGGAAAGAAGCUCCAUAAAAUUAUAUGUUUUAAUACCUCAAAUGGGUGCUGAAAUAGUCUAAUAAUCAGACCUUUCCUAGAAGACAAAGCAUUUAUUUAUAAAAGAGUCAGUAUUUAGCCAGGGCUUGACAUGUCACAGUGGUUGGGUGACCACACAGCAGAGAAGCCUCAUGAGAAUGGCGACAUAAGGGCUUCAUUCAGAACCUUGACAUUUAGCAAAUACUACACAGAGGAGAGGCUUAGGAAGGAUGAAUCUGAUCUGAAGUUAACCGAAGGGCUGAGAUGGAAGUGCCAGAAUCUUUUCCACUAGAAUAUAAACUCCAGGAGAGUAGGGAUUUGUUGACUGCCAAAUCUAUUCAGUCUUCUCAGUGCCUCACACAUGGUAGGUGUUCAGGAAUGUUAAAUGAGUGAAAGGGAGAACAGUCAUAUAUGAAA